GGAUAUUGGGUUUAGUUAAUAAUUCUCUAAUAAGAAUGUUUAGUGAGAGCCCAUGCCAUUUAAUUGGGCUUAAAUAUUAACAAUGUGGGGGACACAGUUGAAGCCCAAUAAAUGGAAUCAAUCGACACGCACGAGAGAGAGGGAGAGAGACUACUUUGAAGGCGGCAAAGUCAACCAACCCUAGAACGAGAAGAGAGAAGAGAGAAGAGAGAAUCAAUGGCGAGCAGUAGCAGAGAGUCCGGCGAACCAAAGGGGACGAUAUCGGAGUACGAGAAGCGGAGGUUUUCAAGGAUCGCUGAGAACAAUGCCAGAUUGGAAGCUCUCGGUAUCUUUAAAUUCGCCAAGGCUCUUUCAUCUCCUCCUAAUUCCAGAAAACGUAGAGCUACUAAUCCUGAAGAAGACGAUGAUUAUAGACCCCUCGACGACAAUGAUGAUGAUGAUGAUGACGAAGACGAGGACUUUUUGGGUAAUUCAACCUGUAAAAGAAAGAACAAUAAGGCCUCCCCGUCCCCAUCCAAGACCAAGAGGAGCCUCUUAUUAUCUAACAAGAAUUUGAAUACCACUGGAGACGACGACACUGAUGAUGACUUUGACAAGGCAAUAGCGCUUUCUCUACAGGCACGAGGCUCUCCUCCUACCAAUCAAGACUCCUCAUCAGCGACGAAGAAGAAGAAGCAUCAACCUGUGGAAUUUAUGAGCAAGAUGCAGAUGACGGAUGAUGAAUUGCUCAUUUACUUCUAUCAGUUUGAUGAAGCGGGAAAAGGGUUCAUUACUCUGAGAGAUGUGGCGAAUAUGGCGACGGUGCAUGAUUUCACUUGGACGGGAGACGAAUUACAAGACAUGAUUCGUCGCUUUGACAUUGAUAAGGACGGAAAGCUAAGCUUGGAUGACUUCAGGAAGAUUGCUACACGAUGUCGCAUGUUGAAGAAAUAAUCUUCUUGAUGGUACUACUACUAUAAAAGUAUGUAAUUACGAAUGUGUCAUUUUGGGUGACUACUUUAUUUAACGAUGAUUCCCCAUGAUGUUAUGGAUUCAACUGAAAUUGACUACUGAUUAAGCGUAAUUAACAACACACAAGAAAUUCAAAUUCGA